AAGUCAACAACCCUGCUUUCGACCGACUACGAACAAUCAACGAUGGGGUUCUCAUUCAACUGUCCGUGCUUGUGUUGGCCAACUCAAAGGAAUCAGCAGCAACAACAACACCAACAAGAACAACAGCAGCCUCUCUAUCCGCACUCAGAAGCAGAUGCCGAUGAACGUACCCCAUUGAUUGUCAAUCCACCCCAAGUAACUCCUUCACCAUCUUUACCUGUUAUCGAUACCGCUCAACAACAAGCUGACGAAGCGGCCGCCAAUAAGAUCGUUUCCCAAACUGUCCGAUGUUUAGUGGACGUCUACUCUCAAGCCCCAUUUUCACAUUUGAAAAUAAGAGGAGCGAUUUCCGCAUCAGAUUCCAUCUCAGACCUUCCUCAUACACCCGACGGUGUAGCAACAGCCUGGCGAGCCUAUGACCCACCCAGUUGUCCACCGGUCUCCUCAGAAACCUCCAAAUAUCAAUUAUCAGCCUCCACCAACUUCCAAUCUCCAUCAACAAACCAUGGCCACCAAACCGCACCUUCAAAGCGCAGCUUCCACAGUCUCAAAACCAUCAUCAACCAUCAGAAUCGAUCCCUUCCCGAUGAACAUGAUACCCGACUGUCGGCAUCUUUAAUCGACCUACAGCAAGACCCUGCCCAUCGUCUUUCCUCCUCCUCUACCCUCCCUGGAUCUACUCAUGCUUCAACCCAAUUCGCAAGCCAACGUCAUUCACGGGAUAAUAGCUUUGCCCCAACCUCUUGUAGUACCCAAUUCGAUACCAUUCGGACUUUUCAAACUGCUAGAGAUCACCCCAAUCUGAAUAACGAUGAUGACGAGGAUGAUCCGGAUCCUACUGAAGACUUAACGCUAACCACUUCGCAAUUCCCUAUCAAUAAUCAUCUUAAUGGUGACCUAGAUCCUCCUCCUCCUCCUCUUCUUGCCUCCAAACCUGACUUCGUCACUCGUCUUUGGGAUCAAUCUGAUCAUCAAGAACCCCCUCAUGAGUCUGAAGAGUCUCCCGCAAAUCUUUCAGAUCAAACUAGUUGUCAGACCGACCCAACAGACCUUCUUACCGACGAUCCUAAAAAGCUGGCCGAAAUGAUCGCUAAUGGAUUUCGCCUAACAGAUACCGGUCCCAUCUUAGUUGAACUUUGAAAACAACUCUUCCCCUCCCAUCCAAUGUUGCAUCUCUUAACCUAGUUUCUUUCCACCCUUAAUGGCUUUUUCUUUUUUGGUAUUUUCAUAAUCAUUCUUGUUUUUUGUUGUUGUUUUAAUUUCUCAAGUAUGCUUUUUUUGGGGGUCUCUUGAUUUUUUUUUCUCUCUUCUCUUUUUUUCACUUUUUAAUCAUUUUUGAUCAUUUUCUUUUGUAUUUGGUAUCAGUCUAAUUCCCCUAACCCAUUUCUUCUUCUUCUCUUGUUGUCCUUUUUGUAUUCAUUUUUAUUAGCUUAGUUGUUAUUUGUGUUCUGCACUAAUCACUCAAUUCACUCAUUCUUCUUUUCUUGAGGGGAAUGGGACAC